CGCUGGUUGUUUACGUAAGGAGCGUAAAGUGUGACGCUGUGUUGUUUAAUUUUCAUACGGACUGCUCAAACAUAAAGGGCGGCGGACAAAGUAUUUAUUUGUUAUGGAAAUAAAAUAAUCCAGCUGUACAGAUGCCUGCACCUACUGCAAGUUCAUCACUGGGUUUUUGCAGAUCAAAAAGCCUCAGACAAAUACUUCAUGACUGACCACAAUGCUGUAAUGAAUACUGUAAAAACUGUGACACUAUGUAACAGCAUGGCAGAAACACUGUUAUACCUGGACAAUAAAUAACACACUGAGACUCUAAAGCAGUUCAAGCACACUCUGUACUUUUUACACUCUAUUAAUGAGGUGACUGACCAACAGCCUUACUUGUCCGCAUUUUAACAACACCUUUCUCUGCACACACCCACCCACACGUACACAAAUGAAAAUGCUCACCACCAUGACAUACCGAAUGCCCAACUUCACCCUGGAGCAGAAGCUCUACCUGCUCCGGAAGAUCCACAGCGUGGUGGACGCUGUGCAGGACUUCCGCAAGGACACCAACACCACUGUGUACCGCAAUGCUGUGUGGGCCGAGCUGGCGCAGGCCUUCAACGAGGCCUUCCCAAACCGACCGCCCAGCAGCGUUGGCUCUCUCAAAACCCUGUGGAAGCGGCUGAAGGUGGAGUGUCGCGUGGCGUUGCAGAGACGUCAGGAACAGCAGGCAGCCGGCAUGCCUCUCACUGCCCUCACUCAGGUGCAGCGAGAGGUGAUGGCUCUGGUGCCAAACCUGAUCUCCAACAUUGAGGACAUGGAUGGAGAUGGCAGCUGUGCCUUGGUCACAAACAGCUCACCUGGAGCAGUGACUGGGGGUUCCAAUGGGAAUGAGCAGGAGGAUCCUGACCAAAACAAUGAAGUUGACAGUAAAGAGCUUGUAGCCAUUGACCUCGGCUUAGUCUCGCCUGCUGAACCCCCGCAGAACUCUGGAACACCUCCUGGCUCUGCAUCCUCUCCCCCCUCCCAUAUCUUCUUCUCUCAUUCCAGCACUUCGAGGGGCACCCAGCAACGCUCUUCUGUCUUAUACCCCAGCCAAUCCAGAGCUGGCUCAGGUUCAGGGUCGAGAGCUGCGAGCACUGACCCCCCACGCAGAGUAUCAGCAGUACCUCAGGUGGCCCCCUCGGCACCAAUGGAGAACUCGUUUUUGUUUCGGGACUCUCAGGGGCUGGACUCUGGGUGGGAGGCUCGCAGACAGGAGGCACUUGAGCUCGAGCACCAGCAGACCAUGAGCCUGCUUCUGCUGCAGCAGUGUGUGUGGGAGGAGAAGAGGAGAGCUGCCCGGCAGAAGGAGAAGGCGGCGCGGGCCAAGAAGCGCUACUACCAGGCCAAACUGCACAAACUGGGGGUUGAGGUUCAGCUUUCCAGCAGCGACAGCGAUGAGGGUGGAGAGCACCCCCAAAUAUGAGCACUGAUUUUCUACAAAAGUGUCUUUUGUAGAGUCGUUUAUGUGUAUUUGUGUGUUUUUUUUUUAUUGAUAUAUAUUGAGUUUUUUUAAUCUUGAUACAAAAACAGAUUUUAUUUUUAGUAAUCAUGUAUUAUAGGUCCAGUACGUGUCAGAUUAUGUCAUUUGUGUCAGUAUCCGUGUCAGUUUUGUGAAUCAGUGCUACUCGACCUGUUUUAACUCUAAAGCCUCCUCAUUUCUGUCAGUAGAUCUUCCAUUUAAAGUAGCUCUGGGUGCAACAAAAUAUGGUGGAACUCAAAGGUUAUGAGACUUCUCAGGUUUUUUUUAUUUCAGUGUUUUAAGAUGUUGUGGUUAGUCGAUGUGAGACCUUUAAGGGCUGAUGACUGAUGAUAGACUGAAAUUGUGUUCGAUUAUAUAUUGUAGUAUUAUCUUUAAAAAAAUGAUGUUGCACAAACUGCGAACUGUUAGAUGUAACAGUGACAAUUUUGCUUUUACAGUGUUCAUUGAGAAGGCAGGAAGUUGAGAGGAAUGUGUUUUCGUGUUUUAAUGUCGUAACUCUGGGUGUAAAUCAGUAUAAUUAUUCAUUCUCAGGGUCUGUUUGUCUGUGGACUCCUGGCAACAGGAAGUUGUCAACAAACUUCAUCAACCAAUACCAUUUUGAAAUACUUUCAGGUAAAGAAAAAAAAUACAAGACUCAAACACUGCUAGCAAUAAUUUUUUUAAUGUCCAACAUAUCUCUUGUACGGUUUCUGUGGUAACCAACAAGCCUCGGCAGCUGUUUUCCCCACUGGAACCCUCCACCAUGUAAACGGGAUAACAGACAUCCCAUAAUAAACACAUUAUCAGGUGAAACAACC